AUGGGUCGUGCAGCCCAGACUAUAUCCUUUGGCCUGCUGCUUUCUUCGGCAUAUCUUCUACUCGUCCUCCCGCUCCUGACCGAAGAUUCGCCUAUUCCCUCGAUUCUGCCGACCAAGAUUCAAGUGGAGAUCAUCCCUGUUCUUCCCUUCUGGGCCCUGAUUACGCUCGGCGCGUACCUACUAGGAAGGCUGGGACUCGGUGUCUUGCGAUUCAACGACACCGAAGACGCGUACAAGGAACUCAUGGGACAGAUUGACGUGGCAAAGAAGAAUCUGGACAAAAGAAGAGUUCACUGGGAUUGA